AAUCUUUAAUUGUUUUUUUCCUCGUUGUUGUUUUUGAUUAGAUAUUUUUGAUUUUUCAAUGGAAUUAUAAAGAUUUUUCAAAAAAAAUCAUCAUAAACUUGUGAUUCAAAUUUUUUACUUUUACAUAAUAGCUAUUUGAUUUUGACAUUUUUAUGUCCUCUACAAAUCAUGGCAAAAUAUCUGGCACAGAUUAUUGUUAUUGGUGCACAGGCAAUAGGUCGUGCAUUUACACGUGCAUUAAAACAAGAAAUCGAAGCAAGUCAACGAGCUGCACAGCAACGAAAUACAAAUAAUACAAAUUCUAGUACAGCUGCAUCAGCUGCAUCAAAUGCAAAAUUAGGAAUGACUCUUCAAGAAGCUAUGCAAAUAUUAAAUGUUGAAAAUAAUCAAUUAAAAGAUAUUGAAUUGAUUGAAAAACGUUUCAAACAUUUAUUCGAUGUAAAUGAUAAAGCAAAAGGUGGUUCAUUUUAUAUACAAUCUAAAACUUGUAUAAUGAUGAGCAUAAUAUAUGAAAUGAAAACAACGAUGACGUUGACGACUAUGAUUGGUUCAAAAUUUUUUACUUCAAAAAAUUUAUACUGUUUUUAUAAAAGGUCGUCAACAUUGAAUAGUCGACAAUCAUUCGAUAAUUAUAAUAAUCGUAUCUAUUACAUUCAACAACGAACAAUGGCUACUACAACAACAACAACAACAGAUGAAAAAUUGAUCGAAAAUAUUAAUAAUAAUAUUAAUGAACAAAAUUUACGAAAAACAAUUGAACGUAUGAAACGUAGUCGUUUAUUUGGUGGACGUUUACGUUCAGAUUCUGUAAUGAAAAAAGCAGCAAUUUUUGUUCCAUUCUGUCAUGAUUCAUCAAAUGUACCGGCUAUUUUAUUUACACGACGAUCAUUUACAAUAACUAAACAUAAAGGUGAAGUUUGUUUUCCCGGUGGUCUUGAAGAAGAUUGUGAUGAUACAAUUAUUGAAUCAGCUAUUCGUGAAACAAUCGAAGAAAUUGGUGUUAAUCGUUCUGAUAUAAAAAUUUAUGGUGAAUUAAAUCCAGUACCAUUCAAUGAUUUAGCAUUGUAUCCGGUACUUGGUUAUCUAAAAUUACAUAAUAAUUUAAAUCAAUUUAAAUUAAAUCCCGAUGAAGUACAAUCAAUACAUAUUAUACCAAUAACAAGAUUAUUAGAUAUGAAAUAUUGGCUUAAAACACAUUGGCGUUCAGGUUGGACUACACCAGUGUAUAAAGAUAAAGAAAAUCCACGUAUUUGGGGAAUGACAGCAAGCAUUCUAUAUAUGUUAUUGGCCAAUAUAUUUCAUGAACAUUUUCAAUUUGAUUCAUCAUAUUUGAAUCGUGGAUCAAUAUCACCAUCAUUAUCAUCGUCAUCGUCGUCGUCGUCGUCAGAAUCGAAAUCAGUAGAAACAACUUCAACAUCAUCAACUAGUGAUCAAAAAACACGUUGAAUAAUUGGAAUUUUUGUUUUCUCCUUCUUCCUUUUUUUUUCUUUCUAGGUUUAUCGAGCAAAAGAACGGAUUGAUGAAGAGCUUCAAACUUUACUACAACAAAAACAAUCAUCAAAAGGAAAUGGUCAGCCAAAAUCGGAUUCAAGUUGAAUUUCUUUUCUUUUUUUUAAUUAUAG